AUGGAUGCAUGCCACUUAAUGCUAGGGAGACCUUGGCAAUUUGAUAGAUUUGUGAAGUAUGAUGGUAGAACUAAUGUCUAUGUUGUUAAAAAGGGAGAAAAAGACAAACCAAUUGCUUUGAAACCUGUAAUUUCAAAUCUACCAAAGAUCACUUCUAAUUCGAAAGGCUUGAUGAUGAUUACUGAGCAAGAAUUUGAUAAAGCAGUGGCGCAAGAAGCUUCGGUUUUGGAGCCUAUUUUGCGUGAGUUCGAUGAUGUGUUUCCGGAUGAAUUACCACCUGGUUUGCCUCCAAUUCGUGGUAUUGAACAUCAAAUUGAUUUAAUUCCGGGAGCUCCUUUACCAAACAAAACUGCUUAUAGAAGUAAUCCUGAAGAGACUAAGGAGAUGCAAAGGCAACUUGAAGAACUCAUGGUGAGGGGUACGGUUAUAUGCGUGAGAGUAUGA